AAAGUUUCAAAAAUGUUAAACUUAUUAGAUAAUGAGACUGUAUUGAAUUUGGAAAAAUUUGUAAAGGUUCCUGUAAGUUCAUGUGUAACUCUUGCAGAAGUUGGUGAUUUGGAGUUUCCGAUAUUGAAUUUGAAGUCAAAUAAUGAAGGAAUUUCAGUGCCUGUAGCAGCUCCUAAACGCUCAGAUGUUAUUAGCUCAGAAGCAUUUUCUUCUGAAAUUCCAACUUCAAUUGAAGAAAAGGCUUCAGGAAAGGCUCUUAAAAAUUCCAUUUCAAAAAAGCAGUAUAUGAAAAACUGUCCGGUUUGCUGUAUUUUCGUUUUGGAUCUACCUGAUCAUUUAACACAUAAGCAUAUGUGGUCUGCAGAAAGUGCCAAAAGUGUUAUUGAAGUUUAUAGAUUAAGAAAACCAUAUAAAAAAAGUCUUCUCCCUUAAAAUGCAAAAACUACCAUAAAUUAAAAAUGUGCCCAGUGUUAAAUUGUUUUAAAGUUACAAAAAAUAUCGGUGAGCAUCUAAAAUGUAAGGCUCACAAUUUAAAACCUAAAAAGGAAUGUUAUGCUUUUUUAAAGCUUGCUGCUGUAUAUAAAGAAGUAAAGUUGAGUUCCGAAUCUCCAAAAAAAACUCUUCUAAAAUUUAAAUCUUUAUCAUCAAGAAACUCUUUUGAUAAUAGCUUGUCUUUAAAUAUCCCAAAUCCUUUAAUUGCUGACAACUCUGGGUUACCUCGAAAAGCUAAUGAUAUACUCACUAUAAAAAUGUCUGCAUUACCUCAAUUGGCAUCUUUUAACACUAAAUCUGAAUUGGAAAAUACUGAUUAUGACAAUGAUGAUGUGGCUAAUGAGGAAAAUGAUGGCAAUGAUAGUGACUAUCUGAUAUCUGAAUAUGAAACCGAAAUAAACUCAGUUGAACCAAUUAAAGUUAAACUAAGUCCAUAUGUUGAAUCUUUACUCGAUGAUUUUUAUAACUUUUAUACAGGUCCAGACAGAGCUCGCAGUGGAAGAUCAAUUGAAAGAGUUAAGGAUGAUGUUAAAAGAAUUCUAUUAGCGGUAAAUAUAACAUCAUCCAUUAAUGUUAUAUUUGAAAAUAAUACCGAUAUUAUUCGACAUCAAUAUCUUCAGUUACAUAGCAUUAAACGAAAGUUGGGAGCCGGGUCAAUAAAAACAUAUUUAAACUCGUUAAAAGACUUUAGUCCAUUUCUUGUUGCUUCUAGAAACAAAAUUCCAAACCUGCCUAUCGAAAAUGUUCAUGAAGCAAUAAUAAACAUUGAAAAUUGGAAAAAGAAAUUUAAAGCCAAAGAAGGUUUGCAAAAACAUAAAAAAGCUGAAGAUGACUUUAAAAUGUUAGUCACUCCUGCUAAAAUAAAAAUGAAUGGAAAUAGCAAAAAUGCUUUAUUUGCCAAAGAGCUGCAGGAAUCAUUAAAAAUUGAUAAUAUUAAACCUAAGUUUGAGUAUUGUUCUUAUCGUGACCAUGUUUUUUUUUAUUAUUCACUUUUCUGGCGCAUAUAGAUCUGGUGUAACAUCUCAUAUGAGUAUUGAGGAAUAUAACAAAUUAAAAGGUUUAGAUAAUGGUAUCAGCAUGAUUAAUGCGUGGGACCACAAAACUGUAGCAAAAUAUGGUCCUGCUCGUGUUACACUUCCUCCAAUAGAUUUUAAAUGGGUUGAAAUGUUUGUUAACUUUGUGAGGCCAAAAUUGCCAAAUGUUAGCUCAGACAAGGCUUUUUUGUCACGGUCAGGAAAUGAAAUGACUUCUGGGGACAUCAGCGAAAGAUUGCAUUCCUUAUGGUUAAAAGCUGGGAUUUUUGAUGGUCGAGUAAUUUUAAAAAAGCUAACUGCAAAUCUCAUACGAAAAACAGCAUCAACAAUAGUUAAUGAUGAAAAUAGUAUUUAUUAUAGUGAUAGAGGUGUUGUGGCCGAUUCUUUGAGCCACAGUGAAAAAACUGCAGCUAUUCACUAUUCUACAACAAAUCAGCUAGAACGUGCUGUUAAAGGAGGAAUUAUAGUUAGAGAAAAUAUGAGAUUGUCACCUUUAAAAACGGAAAAAACUUUUUUGGAUGUUAAAAAUGUAUAUCAGUCUUUUAAUUCUCCCAAAAAAUUUUGGAGUAAAGAUGAAGCAACGUCUUUAAAUUCUUUGUUUGCUGACAGUAGCAAUCAAAAUAUUUCAUACAGCCGAGUAAAAUCUAUGAUUGAAAAAUCACCAACUAGUAGCAUUAAUUGCUCACCAAGGCAAGCAUGACAAAUUAAAAAGUAUGAAGCGACAAAGUACAGCUCCAGAAAAAGAAACUAAGGUUCUUCAAGAAGUUCUUAUGGUCUUAUCGUAGAGCACCACAGAAGAGCAUUUAAUUAAAAGUUCACGUCUCUUUUUUAACCGAUGUUGAAAAACUUGCCUAGAGGUGAAUUUGAACCACGAACACAUUGCUUUUUGAGGCUAGUGCGUUACCACUGCGCUAUAUUGCUCCAGUUUUUUUUAACGCAAAUUUUAGUAUUAGAAUUCAGAGUUUUGAAUGAACACAGUAGCCUUCUGGCCUCCUUGUGCAAAACUUGCUCUUAGCCUCCUCGUGCAGCGCACAAUCUGGGCACCACCAAAAGCCGCCCCUAAAUGUGCAUAAGAUAAUUUUCUAAUAAACAAAUGUGAUAAAAAUCAUAUUUACCACCUUCAACAAACCACAUAUGAUGGGAUGCAUGUUUGCUAGAACAAUUAUAUCAUAAAACAAAAUCUCCUUUUUUAUUCCAAGCGUGCAUUUUCAAAGGAUUAAUAAAUUUUUUACAAUUUUUAAGAGGUAAGUUA